GUGUGUGUUGUGAACAACAACGUGAUAAGGCAAGUCCGCCACACAUAUUUAUUUAUACCGAUGCAGUUUUUGGAUGAUAACGUAUUAAACUAAAUCUUGCCUAUAAAGACAGUCAAGACCAAACAGUCGCCAGGAAAAUGUUGGGUUCAAUAAUUGGGCUGCUGAUUUUAAUCGGCGUAGAGAGCCAUGAAAUUGCGUCCCACCAAAUGGCGAGAGUUUUACCAGAAGAACGGCUUGGAAGCGCAUGCCCAGUCGAAUUGAACUACGGCCCUCAGUGCAUAUGCGAUUUCUGGUCGUACGAAACGUACAACAUCUACUGCAACGCAUCAUCACCAGCGGAAUUGGAUACCAUUCAGCAGACAUUCGAUCAGACUCCCAUUGUUGGGCACUACGAGGUUAAAAUCAGCCUCACAGCACCAAUGUCUAUCCCUGCAAAUAUGUUCAGCAGCAAGACAGCCGCUUUUAUUACCUUCGAGUGCAGAGGAGAUGGAGUGAAACUUGGUACUAUCGACCCUCAAGCGUUCAUAGCCUCGGCUGGGAAGACCAGUGCAUUCCAAAUCAUGUCUUGCGAUUUAACUGAAUUCGACUUUGCUUUUUUGGCUCAAUUAAGAGUUCUGGAAACCAUUAGAAUAGCUGACUGCACCUUGACCACCAUGGCACGGAUGCCUUUGAUGCCACACAUGCGAAUGAUUGAAUUAUACUCUCCAACCGGACUCCGUGAGUGGUACGAUCCAGCUCAAACUCCAUUCCUCGAUACGAUCAUCAUCAACGCGGCUAAGGACACGGAUCAGGACACCAUGGAAACGAUCGUGGACACCUUGUUGUAUUACACGAAUUCACUACUGCGUUUGUACCUGGUCAAUUUGGGAUUGACUAGGAUCCCUCCAACGACGAGAAAUUUUACGAGUUUAAAUACGAUCGACUUCAGCGAGAAUCAAAUCAGCACGUUGCCUAGCGGAUCGUUGGCUUUCACGUCCACUCUGAACUCUCUCUGGCUGGGUAACAUGCCACUUCAGAAUAUUGAGCCGGAUGCGUUUCAGGGCAAUUACAGAGCAGCUUUGGUGUACAUGGUGUUCGGCAAGUUAACUACCUUCCCACGUGAAACGUACGAACUCUUGCUGGAGCAAAUGAUUUAUGCAUCCGGCUCUAUCGACAUUUACGGAAAUCCCAUUGUGUGCGAUGAUUGCCAUUUAGGCUGGCUCAUCAAUGAAAAGCGAUACUUGUUGACGAGAGUAUCGGGAACGUGCGCCAAUGGGACUAGUUUUGAUCAGCUAGAUUCACAAGCCUACGAUACCCGUUGCCAAAAGAGCAUUGGUUUGUUCACCAAGGCAUCGAGUCUUCUCGUGAUUCUUGUACUUUUUCUCCAUUUGCUAUAGUUUCUCAAAAUAAAUAGACUAACAUUC